UGGUCUUAUGAAUAUAUACAUUUGUCAUGCUUUAUUUUGACUACAGGACCUCUGAACUGGUGACAGCUGUUGCUGGGGUGUUGCAGAAGGACCCAUGUAGAGCCUCCUUUAGACAGCUUCUCAUCUCUCGUCUGCCAGACCUUUUGUCAGCUUUUGCAGAAGAAGUAAAGGGUAUCAGGGCUGACUUUAAGGCAGAGCAGGAAAAGGAGCGACCAGGCACGCAGGCACCACUCUCAGGCCGUGUGCGUUGGAUGACCGCUUACCUCACCAAGCGUCUGGCAGCCUGGACUACUCUCAAGCAGCUCUACUCUCAACACCAGGGAUCCAGUGCAGGUGGUGACUUGUGGGCUGAAGUGGAGGCAGAGGUGGAAGAGGUACAAGGAGAAGUCGAGCGUGCCAGAGAGCAGAUGGUGGCCCAGUGGGGUAAAAGGGUUACGCAGCAGAUCCCUAAGUUGCUGGUGACACCUGUCUUGACUCGUGAUAAGCAUCACUGUGGCGUUGGAGGAUGGCAGGUGAGGCUGCCUGGGGAGCUGCAGUCAGUAGUGUGGGAGUGUGGGCAACUUCUGCAGGCUGGUAUUCGUCCCCCUGAGCUGGCCACACACCUCACCCUCCACUACCACACUCUCCAGACAGCUGCUAUGGGUCUUCAUCUCACCCUCAAGGACUACCACUCUGUCCUUGACCAGCUGAGCACUGUACAGCGUGAGUUGCUGAGUGCUGAGCUAAGUGGUGCUGACCGAGUGCUGGCAGCAGGACAAAGAGUGGUCACAUGGUCCCCUGCUGCCCUCACCCACUUCAGCACCUCGUGCAGGGACGUCAUUGAGCACGUCAGGGCACUUGCCAACAAACUCAUUAGUAUCACCCACCACCUGGAUGACCACCUCACCUCCAUCAGAGAAACUCGUCUCCUGAAUCCUGCCCCAAGAAACACCACUGCUAACGCACAACAUCCUCCCUCACUACCAGAGUUGAUGGGGGACUGCAAGGUGAGGUGCAGUGUGAUGAUUGAGGAGCUAGUGGAAGUAUAUGAGCGACUGGUCACCACGCUGGGCUCGGCUGGUUUGCUCCUGUGUAGUGCCGAGGAGGGUGCCCCAGAGUCUCUUGCUGCCCACAUCCGCACCGCUCCUGAACUCAAGACCAGGUUGUUGCCAUUCCUCCUCCACUGGCGCCACAAUGUACAGGAGGCUGUUACAAUGAUGCUAGUAAACAGCAUCAGCAGCAUGGAAAAACUGCUGCAGGGACACGAGGUGGUGUUUGGUGUGGAAUCCAGCCUGACCUCCACCUCCACCCUAACCCUCACACCGCCAGCCCGCACUCUCACCUCUAUUCUAGCUGAUGCCCUCGGUCACACUGUUAGGAGUGCCAUGGUGUUCCGACACUGGGUAGAGCUAGAGGACGGCACUGUGGCCCUCAACCCGGCCCCCACUGCUGAUGAUGACACUCUUGCCACUUCCACUUUCUACAAUCAGGUAUCACAGGAUCCCCGUUUGCAUGCUGCCAUUGAGAGCAUCACAUCCACAUUCUCCUGUGUCAUCCGAAUUCUUGAUGCUGACCUGCAGAGCUGGUAUGUGUAUGAGCAUGUAUGGCGGCGGGAUAAGAGUGCAACAGUCAACAGGUUCUGUCGCAGUGGUCCAUCAGUGAAGGAGUAUGAUGACAAGCUCAGAUUCUACACACACUUGGCCUCUGAACUCUCCCAGGCAUCCCAGCACAAGACUCAUGGAUGUGUGAGUCUGGAUGUGCGGCCACUGGUGGGGCAAGUGGUGAGGCAGGCUGGAGAAUGGGUCAAGUUGCUGGGGGCUGGCCUUCUGCUGGAGGCACGCAACAGGCUCAACCAUGUCCUGGAGCAGGUCACGAUCAUAAACAGUGAACUGGAGCAGCCCACCAAGGAUCUGGCAUCUCUAACUAUGAUAGUGAGGGGAGUGCGGCAAGUCACCUCACAGCAUGCCCACCUCCACACUGCUAUUCUGGAUGUGCGCCAGAUGUUUCAUACACUCAGCGUCUAUGGGAUUGAGGUUAUGGAUAGUGACCAUAGGAAGCUCGAAUUGACAUCAGAGAAGCUUGAGGUCCUUCAUCAGAACUCUAUAACAGUGAAGAGGUCAUUGCAACCUACACAGGCAUUUUUCCUUGCCAAGACCCAGCAAAAGGUUUCUGACUUCAGCAAAGCAGUACAAAGGUUUCAGCAGAAGUUUGAAAGUAAAGGUCCAGGGAGUGUUGGCGAGGACUUGGAGAGAGGUGUUGUGCUUCUCAAGGAGUACUCAAAGAAGGUAGAUGAACUACAAAAGGAAAGAGAACAACUGGACCAGGAAGAGGAUGUGUUUGACCUGCCAGCCACACAGUACCCAGGACUGGAUGAUGCUCUGGUCAUGAUGCAACAGCUCCGGGAAGUGUUUGCCAUUUAUCAGCAGCUCAGAAGUGUAGAGAUGACUUGGCGCACAAUGCGUUGGGUUACAGCCAAGCUGGAUGACUUGAAGGGACAGGUGGAGGGAGUGAGGGCAGCAUUGCAGGAUUGUGAUGGUGGACAGGAGACUGAAGUGUGGCGUGCCAUGCAGCAACGUUUGGAUGACCACACUACCAGCCUGGAGGUGACUGCUGCUCUUAGACAGCCAGCUGUGCAAGCUAGACACUGGCAGCACUUGGUGACUGUCACAGGGUGUAGAGGACGAUGGGAGUCAUCAACAGGAGUUAGCAAUGUCAGUGUGUGGGAUGUGCUAGAGUUGCGACUGUCCCGCCAUCCGCUGCUUGUUGCUACCACUGUUGAUGCCGCUGUCAGGGAGAGCCACCUCAACACUCAGAUCAAAGAGAUAGCUAAUUUCUGGCAAAGGACAAGACUAUGUGUGCAGACAUCAACAGCUGUGUGGACUGUGGAGGGACUGGAUGACCUCCUGGACCACUUGCAUAACCACAACCUCACCCUGAAAGCCAUGGCCAACACCAGGUACUGUCGGCCUUUUGCAGAGGAGGCAAGUCGACUGGCAGGAACUCUAGUAUCUGUGGAGGCCUUGGUAGAAGCUUGGCAGGACACACAGGAGAAUGUGAAGCUUCUCCUUUCACAUACUCUUGCAUCUGGGUUCUCAAAGGCCCCUGAACUAAGAGCCCGUUAUCGGAAGUUGAUGGAGAGAAUAGAGCGGCGGGCCUUUGUGCUGGAGCUGGCUGGGAAUACUGCAUUCUUGGAGGAGGUGUUAGUGCUGCAGAGGUAUGCCCAGGAGGUGAUGGGUGAGCUGGGACAGGUACUGGAAUCCCCUCGCUGCCAGUGUGCUCGACUCCACUUCCUGACCAACCAAGAACUAAUGGCCCUUCUAGCAUACCCUUCACCGGAGCAGUUGAAUCUUCUUGUCAGCAAACUGUUCAACCAUGUUUGUGGACUGAGGUGGAGUGAGAACAAUGUGAAGGGUCUGCUCACCUUGGAGGGAGAGGAGCUGCACCUGCUGUCACCUGUGGUGUUGACAAAGGAUGGUGGUGAUGGUGCAGGUGUGGGGGCAGGUGUGCAACGCCUCUUGGAUGCCACACACCUGACCAUGAAAGCUGCUGUACAGAGAGUCAUUGAGGAGCUUGGCAGAGAGAGGAAGCUCACGAGAGCUAUGCUUCAGGAGGCUCCCCUGGCAGCUGUGGCAGUGGCCUGGAGGGUGUGGUGGGCCGCUGGUAUUGACAUGGUCCUCUGUACCACUACCAAAGGUGAGCGAUCAGCACUGAGGAGACAGCUGGACAAGAUAACAGAAGACAUCACCUUCUUGCUGGGGGCAAUGGGUCGAGGCCAGCAGAGGAAAGAAGAGGAGGAGUUAGAUCAGGAAGAGCGAGAGGUCCCACAGGUGCCUCUCAGCUGGGUGCGAACACCUUCAGGCAGGUCCUGUCGCUCUCGCCGUGCCUCUGUUGCUGCUCUGCCUUCCUUCAGAUGCCUUCCCCUCCUGCUGGUGACUUUGCAUGCCCGUGAUGUGGUCUCCUCCCUCAUCAGGAGCAAUGCUUGCAGUGUGGAGGACUACCGGUGGGUGAUGCAACUGAGGUACUCCUGGCAGGCACAAAAUUCCCUUCUCCAGCUGCAUGCUGCAUACCGCAGCCUUGACUAUGGGUAUGAGUACAAUGGCUGCGGGUCACCAGACUACGUAGUGACACCUCUGUCAGAGCGUGUACUAUAUGUCACCCUUGCUGCCCUAGCUGCCCACACUCCACCACUCCUUACAGGUGAGUGUGGUAGUGGAAGGCAGAGUCUGAUGGAGGCAGCUGCUCAUAUUGCUGGCAGGUUCCUCCUCACUUUCUCCCUUUCACCAUUCACUUCCGUUGCUUCAUUAAGCUCCAUGCUGGCAGGUUCACUGGUGGGAGGGUCAUGGUUGUAUCUACGUGAAUGUGAACAAGCAUCUCCUGUGGUGCUGUCUGCUCUGGCCUCCAUGCUGUUGAACCUCAACUUGGCACACAUCUACACUAGUGCUAACCCUGUUAUCCAGAUUGGUGGGCGUGAGGUGAGCUUGAACCCUGGAGCAGGUGUCAUCCUUGGGUCAGCUCCAUCCAAGCACCACAACGAGAACAAUAACCAGGAGGAGAUCAGCCAGUGCUCCCCUCUGUCCCACUCUCUCUUGGGUCUGAGUCGUCCUGUUCAUGUGGCGGCACCUCCAGCACAGACUCUUGUUUUUGUGUGGCUUUUGGCUCAGGGGCACCCCAGGGCACAGGAAGCAAGUGAGGCAGUGACGGAGGUGCUGCAGCAGGUGCUGGGAUCAUUCAGGAAACUGGCUGGGGUGGUGGGGCUGCGUCUUCAUCUCCGCCUCACUCAGGAGGUGCUGCGCCUACUGAAUCUUGCAUAUUCACCUGUACAAGCAGCUGUAGAAGCCUUCAGAAGUCUGGUUUGCCCUCGCUUGCCUCUUGACUCCUUGGAUGGUGUGGGACGAGUGUUGGACCAUCUUGUGCCCCCUGAUUCAGCUGUUUCCUCCCUGCCACUGAUUCCCACCCAGCAUGAGGAGAGUGGUAGAGGACAGCUUAGUGAAGAGGUGUUUAGAAGAUUGGGUAUGAAAGUAAUUUCAAAGCAGAUGAAAGCUGUGGAGCUAGUGGCUAAGGAGCUUGAGAACUGGAGUUGUGUGGUGGUGGUGGGCCCUCCACGUUCAGGGAAGACCACCACCAUCACUGCUGCUGUCAGGGUCUACCAACGUCGCAGUGGUGCCCUCACCCUCUCCAGCAUACACCAGUACACUCCAUCGACUGCUGGCUACAAGUCCUCUCGCAACAUGGGAAAGAUGCGGUCAUGGAUUCAGAGAACACCCCCAGCUGGCCACAGGACAGUGAGGAGUGAGGAGAGCAGCAAUACCCACGACUCAAGGCAUCUGAGUGACAGGGAAACCAUCACUGUGGAUGAAAUAGAUGAGUCAAAUAUUGAAGUGUUGAGCUCUGGCAGGCGUCUUGUGGACCGACAUGUGUACACUUUGAGGCCUCAGAGCUACUCCCAGGCUAGACUCAUGGGUACUGAGACUCAGGCUGGACUCUUCCCCUCCUUACUGCAAAGAUUAACUGCAAAGGCUAUCCACAGUGUUGUGGUACUGGAAGGUAAGGAAGCUAGUCAGUGUUUACUGCGACUUCAAGAUCUUCCUGGCACACUCCUGAUGGACUCCUUGAUGGCACUGCCUCCCAACCCCAACCUUACUUUUGUUGUGGAGGUAUGUAACCUGGAGGAGGUGCCGGGCUGGGUACUGGGACGAGCAGGUGUGGUGCAGAUCAGUCCAGACAUGCUGUCUCUAGCCACACUCCUGCCUGAGCCAGCAAUCCUGCCCUCUACCCCCAUCACUGACCACUGCAGUGAUGCCAGCAUCACACCAAGGACACCCAGCACUCCAGCCACCCACCCUGAAGAGCUACCCACCUCAGCUGCCCUCCUCGACUACCUCAUUUACCGCCUCCUCCACCCGCUGCUCCAAGUGCUUUAUGACAGACCCUCUAACAUUUGGUGCUAUGCCACUGCUGAUGUGAUUCGACUGGUGGAAAGUCUGAGAGAGCAUAAGAAUGAGGAAGUGACAGUAGAUUGUGUGGCAGGCACAGUGCAGGCUAUAGUGCAGGCUGGCAGAUGUCUGGCCCAUCCUACUAGCUUACCACAAGUGCACCGCAUACUGAAUGUGGCUCUCAGAAAGGUAGCAGGAGAAACUGUUUUGGAUUCAUCAGUCUUGGAAGUGAUUGAAAACUUGAGCAGCAGUGACAGUGUAAGUGAACAGAGAUGGGAUGUAGCAUCAUCCAGUUGGCAGCCUUGGACAAGUCCCUCUGAUAUGAAGUCAUCCUCUACAGCGUCAGCAGUGCAUGUCCUACCUACUGCUGAUGCUCACAGACUUGCCUGGCUGCUACAGCAAGUCAUACCAGUUGGCCUACCAGUGAUGGUGGCAGGCUAUGCUGGCUGGGGCAAGACUACCAUCACUUCUAUGGCUCUGGCUUCUCUCCGAGACUGGGUGGUGGUGGAAGUGAAGGUGACACCAGCCACUACUGCAGAGGAUGUGGAGGCUACACUCCUGGACCAUCUGACACAGACCUCACAUGACACCAUGACCCCCGCCUCCCCUACCAUCUUCUGCUUUGACGAUGUUGGCGGGCUUCAGAGAACAUCAACAGCUGCCAAUUACAUCCAGAGUGUGGCUCAACACCAGGGGAUGUUCCUCACCUCCCACAAGGCACGUUGGAUGACUCUUGCCCAUGUCUACAUGAUGUGUGUCUGCACUUUGGAGACGAGUGAAGAGACAGAGCUGGAAGAGGAUGGUGGUUGGUGGAGUGGUUGGGUAGUAUACCACAUGCACCAUGACCAGGGAGCCACCAGCAGUGCUGCUCUCUCUGCUGUCCUUAAAUCCCUGGCACCCUUGCAAAACCAUGCCCACACUGCCUUCUAUAAUGCCACACUCCUGCUGGCAGAGCGUGUGAUGCCACUGCUCAGCCCCCUGGAGGAGCCCUUCAUUCCAUCCAGUAAGACAGCACUAGUGUGGCAGGUUGUGGCAGCACUGCGUAUCAUCCCUCUGCCUUCUGUGUCUUCAGCCUCCUUUCUCAACAUGUUCAAUGCUUGGCUUCAUGUGCUCAUCUCUACUCUCAUGUUGCCACUACACUCUUAUCAGGUGCAAGAGCGUGUGUGGGAAGAGUUGCUGGGGAGCAUUGUGGAAAGCUGCUCUGGCCUGAUAACAGAGCUACCCAAGAUACCUCCAGUAACCCUGUGGCAUCGUGGCCCUCUGUCACCUGAGGAGAUGCCUUCCUACAUCACACAGCAGAAUGCAGCAACUAAGAUAGCUAAGAUAUUCUCUGAAAAAAAUGAAGUGAUGGAAGAUGAGGAGGUAGGAGCAGGAGUGGCUUCCCAUGGUGGGGUGUGUCUAGGAGUGGCUAUAGUAGUGGCUGCAGUGCGGGAUCUCCUGAAUACACCCUCUCCUCCCCUAUUGCUUUGCUUGGGUACAGCCACUAGGGACAAGCAGAUGGUGGUGGCACUUGCUGCCUCCUACCUUGGAGUUGAGCUGAUAAAGUGUGAUGGAGAGGAUAGUGCCCUCAAGCUAUUAGAGGACCCUGGAGGUAGUGGUGGAGCAAUGCACACAGGAGAUGAUGGUGGUGGGCAGAGCUGCUCACUCACACCUACGUUAGUUCACAUACCGGCCAGUGUCUUACAUCAUCCAGAUGUACUAAAGAAACUGUUGAAUGUUGUGAUCAAGACAGGUGUUGGACAUUCAAGGCUAUAUGUGGUGACAGGAUGGCAUGUAGAGGUGUGGCCACUGAGCCAGGAGCUGAAGUGGGUGACAAGGAUAGGGAGAGUGGUGGUGAGUCUGCCAUGCCACACCACACAGCACCAUCAGGACCUUGUGAUGUCGCUAAUGAAGAAAGAUCAGUAUUUGCAAAAUGAGAACCUGAAUGAGCACUUUGGGAUAGCAGAGUUUGUUGCUGCUGUGCAUGAGUCAUGCUGCUGUAUGGAAGAGCAGCCACAGUACACCAGGCCAGACAGACAGCCAUCACACUCCCACCAUCUACCCUCUGUGGCCUCCUUGGGGCAUCUUGUUGCCAUAUUCUCUGAACUCCUAGAGAAAAGAAAAGCCAAUAUUCAUGCCAAGAUGGAGGAGGUGGGACAGGCAGUAGCACGUGUCAAGGAGCUGGAGAACCAUGUGGCAGGCCUGAAGAACACACAUGCCACCUUGGAGAACUCCCUUUCUGAGGCCAACGACAACAUCCAAAACAUGACCACGACCCUCCAGCAAAGAGGAGAGGACAUAGUAAAGCUUGAGGGUGAGGCCAGCAAGCUACAGGAGGAAGUGGAAGCUGUAGAGGCUGCAUGGGAGGAGCUGGACAAAGAGGUGGAGGAGUAUGUACAGGAGACCAAGGCACCUCUGGUAGAGAUUACUGAGAAAGUGGCCACCUUGGACAUCCACAGAAUUCGCAAGCUGCUGUCACGCUCGCCCAUAUCUGCCAUUCAGUCAGUGUUUGAGUGUGCAGUGGUGCUGCUUGGAUCUGCUGAUGUGUCAUGGAGAGCAGUGCGUCAUGCUACGCAAGAUGACAAUUUCUGUGUGCGACUAGCAGCCGUGUGUGUGCCAGCCCUGACCCAGGCAGUGGUCUCAACACUUGCAGAUAAACUAGAGUAUGUGAAGAUGACAGUGGAACACAUGAGUCGGGUGAGUGACAUUGGUGGUGUGCUGCUCCAAUACCUGCGGUGUGCCAUGUUCUUUUGGCAUCGAUACCAUGAGGAUGUGCAGCCCCGCCAAGCACGAGUCCAGGCCAUAAGUGACCAGGCCAAGCAGCUGCACAGCAAACUGGUCACUAAGGAGAAGAGAGUGAAAGGACUCAAGGAGGAGGUCAGCAGCUUAAAGUCAAGGUUACGUGAAGAAGAGCGGUUUGUGAUAUCUCUGCGGAGCAAGCGGGCAAUGGUGGAAGAGGAGCUGGAGACAGUGCUGGAGGUGAUCACCCAUCUCAGCCCGCACUCAGAAAGGUGGCGUGAGGAAGCAAAGCUGCAGACAGAGAUGCUGCAGCAAGUGACUGGAGAGUGUUUGCUUUCUGCCACAUGCUUCACUUACCUGGCUGCACUGAACCCAGAGGCAGGUGAAGGGCUGAAGGAUGCCUGGCGGAGGGAUCUCACUGCUCGGGGCCUCUUGCACCCUUUGCCUGAGGAUGCCUAUCAGGAGAAGUUUAGACUUGUGUCAUGUGUAACAGAGGUGGAAAUAGCAGUGAGGGAGGCUGUUCAAUUCUACUCGAACCACAAGUCCUUGCUCUUAGUCCGUGACCCACACUAUCUGGUGGAGGAGUACUUUGGGUCAGGCAUAUGGCUUCUGGAUGAUGGCAGCUCAUGGUUGGAGGAACUGAAGGAGCAAUUGAUGGCAAGGGAGCACCAGUGCCCUGUAUACCUGCACAAGGAACACAGAGCUGCACUGGAGAGUAUCCCCUGCAUCCUAAAUUUCCUGAAGGAUGUUUGCAAGUCUAAUGGCAACAAAAUGACCAUGGUGGUGGUGGUGGUGGAUGACAGCUGCUCCACAUCCCCAUGUCCUCUGUGUUCCCGGCUCACACUCCUCGACCUUUCCCUACACCACAAAGGUAUUGUGCAGAUAAUGGCUGAGACUCUUUUGAGAUGGCACUCCCCAGAACUGCAGCAGAGAGUAAAGCAGGCAGUAGAUGCUGUAGCAGAUAUCAGGAGACAGAAGGAGAAGACUGAGGCACAGCUGGUACUCUCCCUCACCAGUGCUGCAACAGUCACUUCCUCGUCUGAACUCACAAGCUUCAUGGGACAAAUAAAGGAACUAAAUGAUGUCACAGGAGUAUUGGUGCAGCAGGAAGAGGAAGUGGAACAACUGACAAAGGUGGUGGACUGUUGCUACACUCAAGCUGCCCACCUUGCUGCCCGCCUCUACACCCUCAUGUCCACACUGGGCACUUUGCACAUGAGCUACAAUGUGCCUCUCAGUUUGGUGCAGGACAGUAUUUCUCACAGGCUUGCAUCAUCAAAUCUUGAUGAUGCCAGCAAGCAAGUUUCUCAAGAGAAGAUACUGCAAGCUGUAACAGAGGCAGUGUUUGCUGUGGUGGAGGCACGACUGCAACAGCAACACAGAGUGCUGGUGGCCACAUUAUUUAGUUUGGCAAGAUUGAACAUGUUCAGUGAGAAAGAAGACUACGUGAAGGCUUUCCUUAUUCCCCUAAACCUUGAUGAGACGUGGCUGUGGGGUGAAAUCAUUCCACCAAAGAAGGAAAAGAAAGCUAAAGUUGAUGAAGAAGAGGAGGAUGAAGGCAAGGAGGAAGAUAAGAAAGAACAGGAUAUGGAAGAAGGGAAAGAUGAGGAGAAAGAAAAGAACCUGGAGGAAAAGGAGGAUAGAUCUGAAGAUGAAGAUCCAGAAAAAAAAAAAUGUGAAACUGUGGAAGAACACCAGGACCAGCCAAAUGAAGACUUCCCCUCCUGGAUACCAAGUGAAUGCAAUAUAAAGAGUGCAAGAAUAUUGGGCAAGCUGUCAGAAGGAUGUUGCAGCUUGUUUACCCCAUCAUCUACACCUCUUGAGGAAUGUGCUGCAUCUUCACUGUUGCAGUGGCUGGCAGGUAGCACAUCAGGAUGGCAGCAGACCUUUCCUGCUAAGACAAGUCUCCACCAGGCUGUCCAGUGGGUGGUGUUGGCUCGUCACCUGAGGCAAGACCAGAUGCUGCCUGCCAUGACACACUUGCCACCCUGGUACUGGGAGCUGCUGCCCUGCAUGCCCAUCCUGAUCCAGUGAGCCGAGGUGUGGGGCUCCUGGUCAGGCCACACUGCACACCUGCCCGAGGACUCAUGCCACUCAUACAGGUGAAUGUGGGCCAUGGCGUCUGUGCUUCUCGGGCAGUGAUGGAAGCAGGGCAGAAGAGUGGCCUCCCCU